AUAGACCAAUACUUUAUCAAGUAUAGCCGUUGCAUCUCUCUCACGCUCCUUCUCUUUUUCUCUGCCGUUUUGUGGUUCCAGCUACGCGCAUUUCAUCAUCUGUCUCUCUCUCUCUCUACACUCACACCAUAUCUCUCUUUCCACUCUAACCCACUCACAAAUCUUCAAUAUUUCAUCUCAAUUUCAAACCUUAUUGUAAUUACCGAUUUACACUCCCGAAACCCUAACCGCAUCCAACGAGACGCUCCCGAAUUAUCGAUUUCCGUAGCUGAAAUUAACAAUUCAAUAGCCUUCACAAGACCAAUCUUUGCGACGAAUAUGGCAGAAUUAGAUCCGUCUAAGAAAGUAGCUGAUAGGUAUCUCAAACGUGAGGUCCUUGGUGAAGGUACCUAUGGUGUCGUUUACAAAGCCAUUGAUACCCAGACAGGACAGACGGUUGCAAUUAAGAAGAUUAGGAUUGGCAAGCAGAAAGAAGGGGUGAAUUUUACAGCUCUUAGAGAAAUCAAAUUGCUUAAAGAGCUCAAUGAUCCAAAUAUAAUUGAGUUGAUUGAUUGCUUCCCACAUAAAGGGAAUUUGCAUCUUGUGUUUGAAUUCAUGGAAACAGACCUUGAAGCUGUCAUAAGAGACCGAAAUAUUUUCCUUUCACCGGGUGAUAUCAAAUCUUACCUUCAAAUGACGUUUAAAGGUCUUGCUCAUUGUCACAAAAAAUGGAUAUUGCAUAGGGAUAUGAAACCUAAUAAUUUGUUGAUAGGACCUAAUGGACAGCUGAAACUUGCUGAUUUUGGUUUAGCACGAAUAUUUGGAAGCCCGGAUCGCAGGUUCACUCAUCAGGUGUUUGCACGGUGGUAUAGAGCACCUGAGCUAUUAUUUGGUACAAAGCAGUAUGGCCCAGGAGUAGAUGUUUGGGCUGCAGCCUGUAUAUUUGCUGAGCUUCUUCUUCGUCGACCCUUUUUGCAGGGUUCAAGUGAUAUGGACCAAUUAGGAAAGAUUUUUGCAGCAUUUGGAACUCCAUCUCCUUCUCAGUGGUCUGAUAUGGUAUACCUUCCUGAUUAUGUUGAAUAUCAAUAUGUGCCUGCCCCUCCUCUGCGUUCUUUAUUUCCAAUGGCAAGUGAGGAUGCUUUAGACUUGUUGUCUAAGAUGUUUACAUAUGACCCAAAGGAACGAAUUUCAGUGCAGCAGGCAUUAGAACACAGAUACUUUACUUGUCCUCCUCCGCCCACAGAUCCAGAUAAGCUUCCAAGACCCGCCCCUAAGAAAGAAAUUAAGGAGUCAGAUUUGAAUCCACGUGAGGGUCCCACAGUCUUAUCACCUCCUAGAAAGACUAGGAGAGUAAUGCCAGGGCGUGAUGGUCUUGAAGGAAGUUCAUUGCAAGGAGAUAAGGUUGAUGAUACUCAUUCUAACCGGAAACAGGCCGCUGGUGAAAAUAAUACCGGGAAGAAUGAUCCUGCACCAAUGUCACUAGAUUUUUCUAUCUUUGGAUUAAAGCCUCCAAAUAGACCAACAAUUAACAGUGCUGACAGAUCACAUUUAAAAAGAAAAUUAGAUCUAGAAUUCCAGUAACAAAGAAUGAACAUUCUAUACAACCAUGCACCAGUACCAAGACGUUUGUUGCUUCUCUGAUAAAAUGCUAUGAAUAAGCUUUUAUUGUAUUUCUGUCAUUCCUUAUCUUUAUUGAUCUGCAUGAAGCUGCUAUGAAUGUGUAGAGAUGUUUAAAUGAAGAAGUUGCAGUGCAAGCUGAUAAGCAUCUCAUUUCAGCAGUAUUUCAGAGACCAAAAAUAACUUAUCAUAGAAGAAAAAGACACAGUAACCAUACUCUGUUGACUCCCUUUGUUCUCAACUUGUGUUCUGUGUAAAAAAAAAACUUGUACAAGUCCACGGAAGAAGGCUUUGAGUGAGGGCAUUUUCUGUAGCCAUUGCUGUAUCUGACUCUAGUGGAAGCAGUGUUUGGCAAGACCGAUUUUUGACAUUAAUUUGUUAUUUAUCAUAAGAGAAAUUACUGUUUACACUUUGAGGGUAAAAUAUGUACUUUCUUGGCUGCUUCAGACAGGUUUUCGUUUACUGAACAAAAUAUUUUGGAA